ACGAUAAAGCCAUUGCCAAGAAUCCUUAAGUCACAUACCCUCGAACUUUUGUGGGACGAUCCUCUCUUCGCAAAGGUUACAAAAAUGGCCGAAGAAAUCGAGAGUUUGGAGAGGCUUUUGGAGGACCAUUUACCGGCCGACAAAUUGGCAGAGGCACGGCGAAUCAUCUACGGCCAAGACGGGAAAAACUCAGGACCCUUGGAUUUGCCGGAGGCAGCCCGUGCCCUUGCCAAAGAGGGAAACUUUGAGUUGGUCGGUUAUUCCAUCUCGGCUAAACCUGAGCAGUUACGCCCUCCUCGCAUUGUCCGCAUCGGUCUGGUCCAAAACCAGAUUGUGUUGCCUACAUCAGCACCUGUUAAAGACCAGGUGGCUGCUUUACACAACCGUAUUGGAGAGAUAGUUGAAGCUGCAGGCCAGUGUGGCGUGAAUGUCAUAUGCUUUCAGGAGGCAUGGACUAUGCCGUUUGCCUUCUGCACCCGUGAGAAAGUCCCUUGGUGUGAGUUUGCCGAGUCGGCAGAAGAUGGACCCACAACCAAGUACUGUCAGGAAUUAGCGAAGCGUCACAACAUGGUGGUGCUGUCACCCAUACUGGAGAGAGACAGUAUCCAUAGCGACAUACUCUGGAAUACUACAGUUGUGAUAUCCAACAGUGGAGCUGUGAUGGGCAAAUCUCGUAAGAACCACAUUCCGAGGAUUGGAGAUUUCAAUGAGUCCACCUACUACAUGGAAGGCAACACAGGACACAGAGUUUUUGAAACACAGUUUGGUCGUAUUGGUAUCAACAUCUGCUAUGGUCGCCACCACCCUCUGAACUGGUUCAUGUACGGUCUGAAUGGAGCCGAGAUCGUCUUCAACCCAUCGGCAACUGUUGGAGCAUUGAGUGAGCCUAUGUGGCCAUUGGAAGCACGCACCGCCGCCAUUGCCAAUACUUACUUCACUGCCGCGAUCAACCGCGUGGGCACGGAGACUUUUGAAAAUGAGUUCACCUCUGGCGAUGGGAAGAAAGCUCACAAGGAUUUUGGGGCAUUCUAUGGUUCCAGCUAUGUGGCUGCUCCUGAUGGAAGCCGUACCAGGGGAUUGUCUCGUACAAGGGAUGGCUUGCUAGUAGCUGAGGUGGAUCUGAACCUUGUACGCCAAAUCAGAGACCGUUGGAGCUUCCAGAUGACUGGUCGCUAUGACAUGUACGCCAAGGAACUUGCAGAAGCUGUGUCUGGAAACUUCAAGCCAAACAUUGUCAAAGAAUAAGGGCCGAAGCUGGUAUAAUUUGGAUCACCAAAGCUAUGUAUAAACAUAUAAUCACGUAUGAAAGCCUGAAAUCAUUGUAGUUUUUAUAGUGGUUAUAUUUCGCCAAACAAUCGUUUGGGUUGAAGUGAAAAAUGAAGCACAGAAAGAAAUUGGCGUUAAAACGUAACAUUGAGGCAAGUUUUGAAAGAAUUGUCAUCGUUAAUAAAAGAACUAUUUUUAUAAUCUUUGUAAUUAAAUUUGUCCUGUUAUCAGUUUGUAAAACCUAUUGGUACUUGUCAUAAUUCUCAAAGUAAUGUUUUGUAUAAGAUAAUCUCUGAAACGGGUAAAAUUGGAGGAAACGAAAACCGUUGGAAUAAUUGGUUGAGGGUUGCCAAGGACCCCAGCACCUUUACGGUAAAACCACAGGAAUUCCAAAUUUCAAUUGAGAUUCGUUAAACAAAAUCCUGCAAUCGGAAGAAUUUCUCACAAAUGAUCCUAAAAUCAGGAAAAAACCCUUACAAAUAUCACCCUGCUUUACAUUAUUCCAAGCACCGUUUGGCAUAAGAUGGACCUGUAUAAUAAUCCAAUAGUUAAUUUGCAUAAUGAAUCAUUUCAGUGUGUAAUUUCUCCGAACUGUUCAAAAAAGUUUAGUGGCAUUUCAAAUCUCUUACCUCAGAUUACAGUAUUCUAUUAUUUUAUUUUGUAACAUUGUUUGCGUUGUGGACUCAAAAUUUAGUGAUCCAAAUAAAGAAACAUAGCAAAUUUGAGAAUU